AUGUUCGGAAACACUAAAAAAGCGUUAGAGGAGUUUCAAAAAAAUAUUGUUUGCAAUAAUUGCAGAACUCCUAAAAAGGACUUACAAUAUCUUGGAUCGGAUUGCAAGCAUGCAUUUUGCUGGGAUUGUAUUGGUAGUUUCAAUCAAAAAACCCCCGGAAAACGUUCUGCUACUCGCUCUCAGUGUAUCGUCACUAAAAUAUUGAUUUUCGAUAUAUUCAUCUUCCAGGCGCCGGAUUUAGAAAUGACUCAAGCUGAUAUUGCUUGCACUCAAAACGUUUUUGGUAAAGAGCAACAGGGGGAAAAUGGAGAUCAAGAAGCAGUAGAAAAGUUUCUUGAAACGCAGUCACAUAUGCCAGACGAAUUAGGACAACCGGAUGACGAACCAACUUCGACCGAAAUAAAAACAGGAGAAAAUCGAGAAAAUUCGUAUUCUCCAGAGCUGGACGUUUUCCAUGACUAUGGCAGUGCUAGCAAGUCGACACGUUCUUCUGCAAAACGCCCGUCAACAUCAACAGAUAAGGAAAGAAAAUCAAAACGAUCAAGUGUGCUGAAAACAAUCAAGAAAGAACAAACCGAUGGUCCCAAGUUUGGUCUUUUCGAUUCGCAAAUACCACAAAAAAAACAUGACAACGAUCUUCUCACUCCUUUCGUUAGGCGUCACUCUACUGCGCCACCUAGCUCUGCUAUCGCUGGAUUUGCUCAACCUUUCGGAAGUUCGAAAAAUGAAGAGGAAGACCCGUUCACUAAGAAAAUUGUUCUCCCAAAACGACAAGCGUCCUUACAGAGCGCGGCGCAGCUCCUAACAAAAACACCGAAAAUAGAAACUUCAGAGGAGCCAGAACAAUUCAAAGCCAUGACAAUACGAAAUCGAAGAAAUUCCAUCAAAAUGGAAGUCGAAGAACGUAGAUCUCAAUCUCCAAUGAGUUUUGGAGAGAAAUCAAUGAGCAUCAAACCCGAGCAGCGACGGAGCUCGUUUGGUACACGGCGCGGAGAAGUGGUAAUCAUCAAUUCGAUUCUCAAUAAUCGUAUUCCACAACUGAAAAGUGCUGUGGAAGCAGGUACAUGUGUAAAUGAGAAGGAUAACAACGGAAAAACUCCCUUAUAUGUUGCCGUCGAACAGAACUCUCUCGAGGCUGCUAAGAUUCUCGUGGAAGCUGGAGCAGUGAUUAAUGCUUCAUGUACCUCUUCUCUCGAGACAACUUUGCAUGAAGCUGUCCGACGUGGUAAUCUACGUAUGGCCGAGUACCUUCUGGAAAAAGGCGCGAGUGUCAAAAUUCGGAAUAGUGAUAGGAAUACACCGGAAGACUUGGCCAAACAUGAUCCGAAGAUGAAAAAGCUGAUAGAGAAGUAUAAGACUGAAACAAGAGUUUUGCAACCAGUUCUCCUCCCUCCUAAAUCGAGAAUUCAUUUCGUGCGCCUGAUAGACGAUAAACUUUUGAAUGAAUCGGAGAAACGGAAGCUACCCGGAAAAAUCAACCUGGUAUCUUCGGAAAUGGAUACACCAACACAUGUAGUUGUCGCAGUGGAUCCUAACACUCAGACUCUCAAUGUCAAUAAAGAAGAACUGGGAGAAAUUCUCAAGGCGAUUAUAGGACCAGGAAUGGUUGUGAGUCUCGAUUGGCUGAAAGCAUGCAUUAAAGAUACAUCAAAGGUAGAUGAUGAUAAUUUGUACACGGUUCGAAGGGUUCGUUGGAUGGAAGGCGAGACAUAUGAGAACACAAUUGAAAAAUGGAAGAAGAUUCUCAAUAAAAUGCAGCCAAAAUUGUUUGCCGGGUGCAAGUUUUACAUGCCAAAACCACGCUACAAUUUUCUCGAAAGGACAUCCCUCUUUGAAAUAGUCCGUUCUGCUGGUGGAACGGCUUCUUCUCGAGAUUCGAUGAUAAAUGAAACAGACCGAGCACCGUACCACAAUACUUCUCUCAAACCGAACUUUGUUCUAUACAGUUUGACACAUGAUAUUGGAGACAAGUUCCGUGAUUGCACCAAAUACAAUCUCAUCAGUGAGCAAUGGCUCAUCGAGGCAAUCCUUUCAUGCUCAAUAAGCACUCCUCCACAUUGA